AUGUCCACGGCUCGCGAAGCUUACUCGGAGGACGACAAUUUUUUAAUCGGCGAUGAUUUCAUUACAAAUCGCUUCCGUCGAGAAGCAAGACAGCUCCAUCUCAGCGAAUUUCCUAGAACCCGUCGCGAAGCCCAUUUUGCAAGAUACAGAAAUUCGUUUUUGAAAUGCGACUUAGACCAAACAAAUAGUCGUAUUGAACAGGGAAGAAAGCUGAGGCUAGCCGAAUUGGAACGUGCUCGUGCCGCUGUUUUGAAAGAAGAUGAAAAGAGACGAGGAAAUCGACGUGAUAUACCGAUGUCUUCUCUAAAGAGUGCUAAUGGGAGUGGGAAGAUGUCGAAGGUAGAUACAAGGAGUAAAGGAAGUUUGAGUGGAAGACGCGUUACUAAGGAGUUUCAACAAGACAGUCGCCCAAACAUUUCUGUUAGAAGUUCGUCGCGAGCGUCAUUUGCUUCUGAGUCGGUGGAAAAAUUCGAGAAUUCCUAUAAUGAUAGAAAGAGCACAGGAAAUCAGGACUCAAGACUUAACAAGUCAGUAGAAAAUGGAGAAAAUCCCAUAGGGGAUGAAAGUUCCAGCGCAAAUCGGAGUCAACAGAAAAAGCAACUCAGCGAUAUACGCUUAACUUCGUCUCAAACAUCGUCAAAGGUUAGAAAGGACCAUUUGGCGGGAAAAGAUGGUGGUAGCUUUACCAUGGAUGCAAUAUCGAGGUUGUCAUGGACGCCGUCCAUGGUGGGAAAAAGAUGGUCCGUUGGAAACUCCCUGCCAACAACGCUGAAGACCCACGGCGUGAGUAGUAGUCAACGGAAAAAACUAUCUGUGACGGAUUUGAAUUCGACAAGAAGAUCAUCAGAGACUGGAAAAGAUGAUUUGACCAGAAAUCAGGGUACUACACUCACAGCUCCAAGGUUGUCAUGGAAACCGUCGGUGGCAGAAAAAAGAGAUUCAAUGACCACCUCUCUGAAGGCGGUCAGUCUUUAUGUAACGCCUCCAAAGACUGUCAACGAUGAGGUGCCAAUAAGCUCGAUUUCCCUCGAUAAAAUAGUAACAGGUUUUGCUCUCUCAGAAACGACAGGUACAUGGCAAAGAGAACAACAAGAUCAUGACUAUAGUCAAGGAGGAGAAACCAGCUAUCGGAUGGCAAGCGCGAAAAUUGGAGUAGCAAGUCCAUUUACCCAAUCAAACAAAAGGACUAGCUCGACGUCUGUAUCUGAGUGUGGCUCAGAGCGGAGUUUACGAUCGCAGAGUAGCGGUUUAACUCGUGUGAAAAAGGGAGUUAGUCCAGGGAUUUCAGAAUACCAGGUAUCAAACUUGAGGACGGCACAAACUCAAUCUGCUCACGAGAAGUGGAUGUGGAAGGAAUUCGAUAAAGUAAUGCAAGGUUUUGCUGAUAUUCUUCGCUUCGAGCACAAAUCUGUGAACUUAAGGAACAAGGAUGAAACAGAUGUGUUAAAGGACGAGAAUCCAAUAAGACCAUGGCCACCAGUUCAAAAUGCAACUCAUUCCCACAAUAAUCCAAUGACUCCUUUGUAUUUUCGUCAUGGGAUUUCCGAUAGAAUAGUUUUCCGCUUCUAAACACACGGACUGCUUGUUAAACUAAUUUCACCGAUGCAUGCUCUCCUGGAUAACUAAUAGGCGCCCCUCUAACAGGCACCGACUUGAGGGAAAUCAUGUGUCCUAACCAAUGUUGAGGGGCCCCCGCAGGGAUCAGGGUCAUUCCGUCCGAAAGUUCACUUAAUUCCGCGACCCUGUGGGUUAGCCAGUGUUGUCCGCCCCCUCCUCUUCUCCAUUUUUUGGGAGUUUAUGCUACGACCACGGCAAAGAGAAAGGCAAAAAAGCAAUAGGUUGAGAUUGGCAAAACGACAGCUUUGCACGUGCAUCACUCUUUUUUGUACAUUUCUUUGCCUUGACUGCACGACCACGACAUGAAACUUCCUAAUCAGUUCACGUAAUUUUAUGACGUGAACACCACACAACAAUUUUCUUUAAGUUCUUUUUGUGAACUUACUAUAGAUGCAGCGUAGUCCUUUAGAAUUCAACUCCUGUAAAAAAAUCGCUAACAUUUAACAGAUUAAAAGAGGCUGAAUAAGGGCGAUGAACUUUCAAACAGCGCGAACUCAGUUUUGGGGGACGUUUUCGCUGCAGUUGCCGUCGUCGUUUUUUCAGGGGCUUACGAUCUGACAACAGCGACGUCCAUGAAAACCUCGCUGAAAAAUAGAAAAUUAAAAUUAAAAUUUGGUCAUUUCACGUCGUAGUCGAGCAGGGGCGGUAAAAGAAAUAUACAAAAAAGCGAGAUGCACGUGCUGAGUUGUUGUUUUUCUUACCGAACCUAUUGCUUUUUGACGUUGCCGUUGCCGUCGCCGUAAUCAUUGUAGGGAGCUUUAGCAUCGACGACGGCAACGGCCGCGCAAACGUCAGUUUUAAAAUGAAUUCCCGUUUUUUCAAUCUUUGUCGCGUUUAUUCCAAUUUGCUGAAAAUGGUAAGUGUAGGCGAAUUUCCCUGGCGUUGAUUUCUUGAGGACCGCACUCAAGUUUAGAGAGAGAAAAAGAGUUUCGUCGUCGCUUGUUUACGUCCUCCAUAAAAUUUGCAAUUAGGCAUCACGUCGUAGUCGUGCAAGGAUGGUAAAGAAAUUACAAAAAAGCGUGAUUGACGUGUAAAGUUGUUGUUUUGCGUAACAAACCUAUUGCUUUUUUGACGUCCUGGUUGCCGUCGCCGUCUUCGUUGCUAAAGCUCCCUAGUUCGAAAGGUCCCUUCCGAGGGAGGCUAGGGGGCGGCUGUAUACAGGCUACAUCCCGCACAUAUUUUCAAUCCCGAAUCUCGCCCCCAUUUUGUUAUUUUGCCUUAAAAACCCGAGUCCCGGCCUUCAAAUAAUACCUUGUUACUCGUAUCCCGAGUAUUAAGGAUGCUAAAUACCAUGCACUAGUACACUUAAACCAGUGAUAAAAUGUUGCAUGUUAUAUAUGUUUGUGCGUCUCGCGAUACAUAAUAAUCGUUUACUUUUUUUAAAUACCGAAAUGGCAGUUUUACAUACACUUGCUAAGGCAAAUCACAACGACAAACCUGUGAGGGUCCGCCGGAUCUUUAGUAGACCUAGUCUGCUACACAGCCGUUUUUAGUGUCGUCACGCAACGCUCCUCCCCACUUCUGGGGAGGGGCGUUGCGUGACGACACUAAAAACGGCUGUAUGUAGCAGACUAUGGUAGAUCUGGAUCAGUAAAAUCUUGAAAACCAAUUUGUAAACUUAACACAGUAAACUGAUCCUUACGGCAGGAAGAGUGAUAGAAAAAAUAAACAAAGAAAACAAAAAUGAAGUGGUGAAUACAUACCCUUUUCCCGGGUUGGUUUUUGCUAACAAAAUUGUUUAGUAGCCUGCGCGCGAGCCCCUCGCACUCGCGUCUCGUUUCGCGUGCUACUCUCGCGUGGUUUCUCGCUACUCCCCCAACUCGCAGGCCGAUUUGGAAAAGGGAACGCGUCCCUGUAACUUAGCAACAAGCACAUUAGUUCCAUUGACUUGCGGCUUGUGAAUUGAUAAUACACAUUUGUUAUCAUUAAACAAUAAACAUAAACGUUGUCAACCAGAAAUAGUUAAUAAUUCAUUCAAGUAUAAGAACCUUCUUUGUCUCUGUAAUUUGAAGUCGCGUUUGGCAGUCACAAAGUUGAAAAGAAUAUGUUCCUUUUUUGCGUCCCCUUAAUUUCAGGUGAUCAUCUAACAAGCUGGCCUGAUGGAUUGUGAAGCGAUAGUUAAUAUGGUGUAGUAUUAAUGAUAAGAGUUUAUAUUAACAGAAAUAUAAGACAAAAGGCUUUUCAGACCGUGGAAACUGCAACCAACACAACAGUGUGAAACAUGAACAUGGAUGAUGGACAUUACGGCGUUUUGUUUUCUCCUACACGGACAGAGACCAAAUCUAGGGCAAAAUCAGAGCCCUCAAAAAAUCAAAGAACGCGUUCGUCGUGGAAUUCAUCGAUCCAUUCGCCAGAUUCCAGGCGCACGAAAUCAUGUCGGUCUGAGAUCGACAUGACGCUUAUGAGCGAACAAAACAGAGAAAAACUUAUCGAAGCUUUUUUGCCAGACUUACGGAAGAAUCACACGAGGAUGGGAUACUUACAUCGUGUUCGCCCGUUUAAUCUGAAUCAGGAGAAUCUAAAGACCGUUCAAAUCCGCGCAAAAUCGUUAUCCUACAACAGGGAUCUCCGCGAGCACUCUGACAUGUCGUUAGGUUGCGGACGAAAAGCUGCGAACAGUACGACUCCGCGACCGAGGUGGGCCGUGAAACCGUUACCAGUAAAUUCCGCUAAUGACAGACUAUGUCCUGAAGAACCUCCACAAAUGGUGGCGUUUGUGAAGCGACAACAGUGGAAUUAUAGUGACAAGAGAGCGUCGCUUGAUAGAGCCCUGCCUAAGAGGUCACUUGACAAGUGA